UUCAUGAAUUAUCCGAAUAAUUGGAACUGUUUUCACUUUUUCUUUCCGCUUCAACUUGCAACUACAGAAACCACAAGAAAAAGCGAAUUUUCUACUGUUGAUUUGGAUUUGAUUGAACAGAGUUCUUAGUUUUCUUCUUCAAACUCUUCAAGUUAGUUAAUUUCCUUCUCUCUAUUGUUUCAAUCUCUUUUAGUUUUUUGAUUGCUGAGCUGAAAUCUGGUAUUAUUGCAGCUAAUUUGUAAAUGUGUUGAUUAUGAUCAAUUAUCUUCGAGUAUUGUGAUAUUGUAAUACUACAAUUCAUAUGCAACUUUCACUUUGCUGUCUUUCUAGAUGUAUUGGGUAUUCUGUUAAAGUUGGAGCUGAAAUUUUACAGUCUUGAUAAGGUUCUACAAGGGUGUCUGAUAAAGUUUUUGAAACAAUGGUGGUUGCUUCUUCUUUGCACUUUUCGUAUGAAUUUCGAAUUUAUGGUUCUUGUGGACUUCCAUGCCAGUCAAAGCCUAUAAUGCAAAAUAUUCGAUUUCGUUUUCCCAGUUCUGCUAUUUCAGCAAAUGAUGUGGCAAAGGAUGCUUGGAAUCUCCAUUUUUUAAGCACAGCAGUCAAUAAGAUAAGCUCUGCCUCCUCCAAACAUAGGGUGUUUCUGUGCAGAUCCAUUCUUUUUCCUAAUGGAGUAAAUUGGGGUCCUUCAAUGCAAGAAGCUCCUGUUGUUUUGAAGAGGUUUUAUGACAUAUUAUCUUCAAAAUCGGUUCUGUAUCAGUUGAUCCCAGCCAUUGGUGUCGUUGCUUUAGGAUUUGGACUUCUACCGCUUUUGCGUCUUGGCUGGAGUGUUUUUAUUCAAAAUAAUGGCGGUAAUUGGAAAAGGAGCAGUACUUAUAUUUUUGCGACAUCAUAUGUUCAACCUUUGAUACUAUGGACUGGAGCUUUGCUUAUUUGCAGAUCAUUAGAUCCUAUAAUUUUACCUUCGGAAGCAAGCCAGGCUGUUAAGCAGCGACUUCUGCAUUUUGUGCGAUCGUUUUCCACUGUGAUAGCCUUUUCGUAUUGUGUAUCUUGCUUGAUUCAACAAGUGCAGAAGUACUUUGUGGAAGCAAGUGAUGCUAAUGACUCGAGAAAUAUGGGCUUUCAAUUUGCUGGGAAGGCUAUCUAUACUGCUGUAUGGGUGGCGUCAGUUUCAUUGUUCAUGGAAUUGUUGGGCUUUUCUACCCAGAAGUGGCUAACUGCUGGGGGUCUUGGAACAGUGUUGCUCACCCUUGCUGGGCGUGAGAUAUUCAUAAACUUCCUGUCAAGUGUCAUGAUCCAUGCAACACGACCAUUCAUUCCGAAUGAAUGGAUUCAAACGAAGAUUGAAGGCUAUGAAGUUUCUGGUACAGUUGAGCAUGUAGGUUGGUGGUCCCCAACAAUUAUCAGAGGAGAUGAACGUGAAGCAGUUUAUAUCCCAAACCACAAAUUCACAGUUAGUGUUGUGCGAAAUCUAACCCAAAAGACACAUUGGCGUAUUAAGACCCAUAUUGCUAUUAGUCAUCUGGAUGUCAACAAAAUCAAUAAUAUUGUUGCUGACAUGCGGAAGGUUUUGGCUAAAAAUCCCCAAGUAGAGCAACAGAAGUUGCAUAGGAGAGUUUUCCUGGACAACAUCAAUCAUGAAAAUCAGGCUCUUCUGAUAAUGAUUUCCUGCUUUGUGAAGACUUCUCGCUUUGAGGAGUACCUUUGUGUUAAGGAAGCGAUACUCUUGGACCUUCUUAGAGUAAUCAGCCAUCACCGUGCUAGACUUGCUACACCUAUUCGAACCAUACGAAAAGUUUACACAGAAGGGAAUGUUGACAAUGUUCCAUUUUCAGAAACUAUCUAUGAUGGCUCCAGAGCUGUAACUAAUCACCCUUUCUUACUAAUUGAACCUUCUUACAAAAUAAACAGCGACAAUAAAACCAAAUCUGCAACCCGUAAGGAUGAGAAGUCUGAUUUAACCCCAAAAUCUGACCCCAAGGUGGAUGCCAAAAAUGAUGAUCAAGACAAUUUAGAAGCCACUGGUAGUGGAGUUUCAGAAACGGAUCUUUAUGUUUCAAAGAAAGAUGAUGAAAGCCAAGCCACCUCAUCAGUAACUCGAACUGCUUUAGAUGAAAAUAUUGUUCUUGGUGUUGCAUUAGAGGGCUCCAAACGAACUCUUCCCAUAGAAGAAGAAAGUUCACCAUCACCGCCUUCCUCUGGGGAGUCGAAGGAAUUGGUCGGAAGUCCAUCAGGUGCAGAGGACAAGAAAGACGAUCAAGUAUCGCCAGUUUCUAGUUUUAAUACAGCUGAUAAUCGUGAGAAAAAGAGUGGAUAAACAUGGUAACAGUCCAAAUAACUCCGCAGGAGUUGCGAGAAUGCCGCUGUUUUUUCUGAAGGCUGGCACAUUGCGGGGUUCACCUAUCUUCCACAAAGUGUUGUAUAUUUCAAAUGAUAGAGUUUGUAUGUUUUAGUGUUAGAGAUGUAAAGAAAUAUAGUUUAUGUACAUGUGGCCAAUUUGUAAUGCACAUUAUUCUUCCAUUCACAAGUCAAUGCCUAUAGGAAUUGCUCA